AUGGGCUCUUUCGAAGAGCUUAUCGACACCGCCGUGCGGAAUCGUGAUAUCCCUGGAAUCAUGCUUCACGCUCAAGACAAGUCUGGCGAUUUUCAAUACUCACAUGUGUACGGGGAUGACUUGAAAGGCGCAAAGCCUCUGUCAAGUGACAACAUUCUCACUCUUGCCUCGGUCACGAAGCUCUUCACCACAAUCGCUGCAUUGCAGCUUGUGGAGCGCGGCAUCCUGACCCUCGACGGUGAUGUAGCAAAACACAUACCGACACUGGCGCAGAAGCCCGUUCUCACCGGCUUCACCGAAUCCGGGAAGCCCAUCGAAGUCCAGCGCAAGAAGCCCAUCACCUUGCGCCACCUGCUCACCCACAGCGCCGGAAACAGCUACGACUUUCUCAGCGACGCGACGCGGGAGUGGCAGUCUUUCCACGGGAUCAAACCCGUGCGCGGGUCCACCGUCGAGGAGCGCUUCGGGUACCCGUUGAACUACGAGCCCGGAGAGGAUUGGGCUUACAGUUCGAGCUCGGAUUGGACAGGGAAGCUGAUUGAGAAUGUGUCGGGAAAGUCGCUUGAGCAGUACAUGCGGGAAAACAUCUGGGACCCCAUGGGCGCGGCGAGUUUCACGUUCGACGUUGAGUCUGCGAGACCCAAGUUGUGGGGCAUGAACACCCGUGCUAAGGAUACGGGGAAGAUCAUCCUUCAUCGCGGACGAGAGUUGAAUCAGGGAGUAACGGAGUGUCUUGGUGGACAAGGAUCGUACGGCUCGGCUCCAGAUGUCUUGCGGGUGUUGCGUUCGUUGCUGGUCGAUGAUGGCAAGCUGCUGAGCCCAACAAUGACUGCAGAGAUGUUCAAGCCUCAGCUCUCGUUGCAGGCUAAAAGGGGUCUGUUGAGUGCAUUGGAAGAGCCGGAGUGGGCGGUUGGUCAUUUCCCAGUCACGGGUGAGUACGACUGGGGUCUUGGAGGGCUGCUUGUGGACGGAGACAGUCACCCGUACCGCCGUAACGGAACCUUGAUGUGGAGUGGCGCGUCAAACGUUUUCUGGUGGAUUGACCGGCAAACUGGACUGUGUGGUUUCUUUGCCACACAGAUGCUCCCCGCGGCGGAAGAAGGGGUUCGGCCGUUCAUCAAGGCCUUUGAGGACGAAAUGUACUCGAAGAUGAAGAGUUCCAAGACUCGCGCGGUGCUUUGA